UUUACCGUCUCUUUGUCUAAGCAAUAAAUGGUCUAAGGUCGCCCAAUACAAAAAUUUGUGAAAGCUGAAAUUACUUGGUUGUUUUUUUUAAUUUCAUUGUUAUGUAUUACUCCAUAUUAAAGGGUGUUAAAAUAAAAUACACUAGUUAUUAGUGGUGUAGGUGCUCAUGCUAAAAUCACACAAAACUGAUUUCAUCAUCUUGUUGCUUCCCUUAAUCUCAGCUUAUUCAACUCAACAAAAUUAAGCUACUAAGUACAAACCCAUAAUCCAACACCACUCAAAUCUCAAGUAAAGUCCAUCUAAUCUCUAGUGUACGUAAAAAAAUUAGCCAUGUGGAAGCUGAAGAUAGCAGAAGGUAAAGAUCCAUGGCUAGAGAGUGUAAACCAUUUCAUUGGUAGACAACACUGGGAGUUUGAUCCAGAGGCCGGUACACCGGAGGAACGAGCCGAGGUUGAGAGGGCCAGGGAGGAGUUCAAGAGGAACCGUUCCAAGACAAGGCAAAGUGCUGAUCUUCUCGUUAAAAUGCAGAUGAGAAAGGAAAACCCAAGUUUGAGAAUGCCUCAAGGAAUCAGAUUGAAGGAAGAGGAGGAGAUAACAGAAGAAGCAGUGAGCACAACGCUAAAGCGAGCCAUCAACUGCUUUUCUAGUAUUCAAGCCCAUGAUGGCCAUUGGCCUAGCGAUAACGCUGGCGCACUAUUCUUGCUGCCUCCCCUUGUAAUAGCCCUAUACAUUUCAGGAGAUAUUGAUAGAAUUUUAUCUCCUGAACACCAAACAGAGAUAAAACGGUAUAUAUACAAUCAUCAGAAUGAAGAUGGAGGAUGGGGACUUCACAUAGAAGGUCAUAGUACCAUGGUUGGUUCAGCAAUCAACUACAUUGCCUUAAGAUUGCUGGGAGAAGGCCCUGAUGACGGCAAAGAUAACGCCGUCGCUAAGGGCCGUGAGUGGAUCCUUGACCAUGGUGGCGUCACCGGCAUCCCGUCUUGGGGAAAAUAUUGGCUUGCGGUGCUUGGAGUGUAUGAAUGGGAUGGGUGCAAUCCAACGCCUCCGGAGCUUUGGCUACUUCCAAAAUUUUUACCUAUGCAUCCAGGGAAAACUUUAAGCUACAGCAGAUUGGUGUAUAUGCCAGUAUCAUAUUUAUAUGGAAAGAGAUUUGUUGGUCGAAUCACUCAAUUGAUUCUGUCGCUUAGAAAUGAACUCUACACUCAGCCCUACUGUCAGAUCAACUGGAACAGAGCUAGAAAUACAUGUGCCAAGGAGGAUCUGUUCUAUCCACAUUUUGUAAUGCAAGACAUAUUAUGGGGGUUUCUUCACCACAUUGCUGAGCCAAUCCUCAAUUGCUGGCCCUUCUCAAAGCUCAGACAGAAGGCACUCAAAACUGCUAUGAAGAAUAUACACUACGAAGACAUUAACAGUAGAUAUUGCUGCAUUGGUUGUGUGGAGAAGAUUCUUUCAAUGAUGGCUUGUUGGGUGGAAGAUCCGAAUUCAGCAGCAUACAAAAAACAUUUAGCCAGAAUCCCAGAUUUUUUGUGGCUUGGAGAUGAUGGAAUGAAGUUUAAGGUCAUAGGUUGCCAAACGUGGGAAGCAGCCUUGGGGAUGCAAGCAAUUAUUGCCAGCGAUCUUACUCAGGAAUACGCAUCAACCCUUCAGAAAGCACACCAUUUUCUCAAAGCAUCACAGAUUAGGGAAAAUCCUACUGGAAAUUUUGAGGAGAUGUAUCGACAUAUUUGUAAAGGUGCUUGGACAUUUUCAACAGCUGAUCAUGGUUGGCAAGUAUCUGAUUGCACUGCAGAAUCGCUUAAGGCUGUACUCUUAUUUUCACAAAUAUCCCCCAAUCUCGUGGGGGAGAAAAUUGAGGCUGAGCGCUUAUAUGAUGCCGUUAAUUUCAUACUAUCUCUACAGAAUGAGACAGGUGGUUUCACAGUUUGGGAGCCUAGGCGGACAUUUCGUUGGAUAGAGAAAUUUAAUCCCACGGAGCUUUUUGAAGAUGUCCUGCUCGAAAGAGAGUUUGUUGAGUGCACUUCCUCAGUAGUUCAAGCUUUAACACUCUUCAAGGAGCACUACCCAACACACCGCAGGAAAGAAAUAGAAUAUUGCAUCUCCAAAGGACUACGCUACAUUGAGGAGACUCAAAACCCUGAUGGUUCCUGGUAUGGUUAUUGGGGGAUCUGUUAUACAUAUGGAACAUGGUUUGCAGUGGAGGCACUAGCAAGUUGUAAGAAAGACUACCAUAACAGUAUGGCAGUGCACAAGGCUUGUGAGUUUUUGCUAUCAAAGCAGUUGCCAGAUGGUGGGUGGGGUGAGAGUUUCCUCUCCUGCUCAAACGAGGUUUACACAAACUUGGAAGGAAAUAAGUCAAAUCUGGUGCAAACUUCAUGGGCAUUGUUGGCUCUUAUAAGAGCAGGACAGGGGGAUGUAGAUCCAACUCCCAUAGAACGAGGGGUGAGAUUAUUAAUCAACUCACAGAUGGAAGAUGGAGAUUUUCCAGUGCAGGAAAUCACUGGGGUGUUCUGGAAGAACUGCACCAUUGAGUUUUCAGCAUGCCGACGUAUCUUCCCCAUAUGGGUUCUAGGUGAAUAUCGCCGGUUUCAAGCACGAAGAUCAGCCACUCUAUAACUCCAAGAGAGCCGGCCAUAUGUUAUUAGUAUCUAUACCAUAUUGCAGCAUAGCAUCACAGGAUCAGUCAGGAUGUAGAGGCAAAUCAAUAAAAUCAUCCAAAGCUGGCCAUUAUAGGAUUUUAUGCUCUAGGUUACUGAAAUUUGCCUAACAAUCAUAAGUUACCUACCGCCGUAGCUUCUAAAGGGUUAUUUCCAAGAGUUAUGCUAAAAAUUUACCAUGUAAUGUAAGUAUG